AUGUCGGCAGAGGCAGCAUUUAAAUCUCUCCAAUACGAACUGACCAAGGCCAUGGAAGGGCUGGGCAAGGAUGAAGGGGAUGGGGAAGGGAACAUCCUCCCUAUUAUGCAGAGCAUCAUGCAGAACCUCCUGUCCAAGGAUGUGCUGUACCCAUCACUGAAGGAAAUCACCGAAGGGCAUCCAGAACGUUUGCAGAGUCAUCAGGAGUCUCUUCCUCCAGAGCAGUUCGAAAAAUAUCAGGAACAACAUAGUGUCAUGGGCAAGAUAUGUGAGCAGUUUGAGGCAGAGGCCCCCACAGACAGUGAGGCCACGCAGAAGGCUCGUUUCGAGUUAGUGCUGGAUCCUAUGCAGCGGCUACCGGAUUUGGGCCAUCCUCCAAAAGAACUGGCUGGGGAGAAGCCUCCUGGCCUCAACUUUGACCUGGAUGCCCUCAAUCUGUCAGGCCCACCAGGUGCCAGCGGCGAACAGUGUCGGAUCGUGUGA